UCUGGCAGCUGGGUUUUGGGGUGCAGAUCGGCGUGCGGAGGGACUCCUCAGAGCCAUGCCCGAGGUAGUGGAUACGUGCUCCUUGGCCUCUCCGGCUUCGGUCUGCCGGACCAAGCACCUGCACCUACGCUGCAGCGUCGACUUUACCCGCCGGGUGUUGACCGGCACCGCCGCGCUCACGGUGCAGUCUCAGGAGGACAAUCUGCGCAGCCUGAUUUUGGAUACCAAGGACCUCACAAUAGAAAAAGUGGUCAUCAAUGGACAAGACGUUAAAUAUGCUCUUGGAGAAAGACAAAGUUACAGAGGAUCACCAAUGGAAAUCUCUCUUCCUAUUGCUCUGAGCAAAAAUCAAGAAGUCGUUAUAGAAAUUUCUUUUGAGACAUCUCCAAAGUCUUCUGCUCUUCAGUGGCUCACUCCUGAACAAACUUCUGGGAAGGAACACCCAUAUCUCUUUAGUCAGUGCCAGGCCAUCCACUGCAGAGCAAUUCUUCCUUGCCAGGACACUCCUUCUGUGAAAUCAACCUAUAGUGCUGAGGUGUCUGUUCCUAAAGAAUUGGUGGCACUUAUGAGUGCCAUUCGUGAUGGAGAAGCACCUGACCCAGAAGACCCGAGCAGGAAAAUCUAUAGAUUCAGCCAAAAAAGCUGCAUAUACAACAGCAGGAAGAUUGGCCCAAGAACACUGGUUUGGUCUGAGAAAGAGCAGGUGGAAAAGUCUGCUUAUGAAUUUUCUGAGACUGAAUCUAUGCUUAAAAUUGCAGAAGAUCUGGGAGGACCGUAUGUUUGGGGGCAGUAUGACCUGUUAGUCCUGCCACCAUCCUUCCCUUACGGUGGCAUGGAAAAUCCUUGCCUCACUUUUGUAACUCCUACUCUGCUGGCAGGAGACAAGUCACUCUCCAAUGUUAUUGCACAUGAAAUAUCUCAUAGUUGGACAGGAAAUCUAGUGACCAACAAAACUUGGGACCACUUUUGGUUAAACGAAGGACAUACUGUGUACUUGGAACGCCACAUUUGUGGACGACUGUUUGGUGAAAAGUUCAGACAUUUUCAUGCUCUGGGAGGAUGGGGAGAACUACAGAAUUCAAUAAAGACGUUUGGAGAUACACAUCCUUACACCAAACUUGUGGUUGAUCUGACGAAUGUGGACCCUGAUGUAGCAUAUUCUUCAGUUCCCUAUGAGAAGGGCUUUGCUUUACUCUUUUACCUUGAACAACUUCUUGGGGGCCCAGAGGUUUUCCUAGGAUUUCUAAAAGCUUAUGUUGAGAAGUUUUCCUAUAAGAGCAUAACCACUGAUGACUGGAAGGAUUUCCUGUAUUCCCACUUUAAAGAUAAGGUUGAUAUUCUCAAUCAAGUUGAUUGGAAUGCCUGGCUGUACUCUCCUGGAAUGCCUCCUGUAAAACCCAACUAUGAUAUGACUCUGACAAAUGCUUGCAUUGCCUUAAGUCAGCGGUGGAUUGCGGCCAAAGAAGAUGAUUUAAAUUCAUUCACCGCAGCAGACCUGAAGGACCUCUCUAGUCAUCAGCUGAACGAAUUCUUAGCACAGAUGCUCCAGAAAGCACCUCUUCCAUUGGGGCAUAUAAAGCGAAUGCAAGAGGUGUACAAGUUGAAUGCUGUUAACAAUUCUGAAAUACGAUUCAGAUGGUUACGGCUCUGCAUUCAAUCGAAAUGGGAGGAAGCAGUUCCUCUGGCUCUAAAAAUGGCAACUGAGCAAGGACGAAUGAAAUUUACGCGGCCCUUAUUCAAAGACCUUGCUGCCUUUGACAAAUACCAUGAUCAAGUCGUCCGUACCUACCAGGAGCACAGAGCUAGCAUGCACCCCGUGACGGCCAUGCUGGUGGGGAAAGAUUUAAAAGUGGAUUGAGGACCCACCAAUGACGAUUUCAGACAUUUUUCUUUUUUAAACUGAAGUCACAAAGAAAUGGAAAAACUUCAGCUCACAUUGUAAUUAAAAUGUUUUUGUUUUCGGUUUUUAUUAUUUUGUCGGUGAUUUUCAUAAAUAAAGCUGAGCUACCUUUUUUU